AUGGAUGACAAACACGAAGUCCAACAUGUGGAGUUGGAGGCUGGAUCGACCAAGAAUGAAGGUGGCGUUUACAACUACGUUCCUGGCAGCGAUGAAGAAAAGCGAUUGGUGAGGAAGAUUGAUAGACAUCUUCUCCCAAUGCUCUGGAUCAUGUAUGUAUUCAACUAUAUUGAUCGGACCAAUAUUGGUAACGCGAAGGUUGGGGGUAUGCAGGCGGAUCUCAAGCUCUCAUCGUCAGAUUACUCGCUCGUACUGUCCAUCUUCUUCGUUGGUUAUUUGCUGAACGAAGUGCCAUGCAAUAUGAUCCUUGCAAGGUCUACGCCUAGCAUCUUCCUUCCGACUGUGAUGGUACUAUGGGGAGGGAUGUCGAUCGGAGCUAAAGGUGUCAACUCACUCGGUGGGAUGGUUGCUUUCCGAAUGGUACUUGGACUGGUAGAAGCAGGAUUCUUCCCCGGAGUCAUGCUUCUCAUGUCUUGUUGGUACAAACCUGUGGAAAUGUCGAAACGAAUCGCUUUAUUCUAUACCGCGUCUUUAGUUUCCGGAGCUUUCGGAGGACUUCUGGCAGGAGGUAUCAUCGAGGGCAUGGAGGGUGUAGCAGGUACUCGAGGUUGGAAAUGGCUGUUCAUCAUCGAAGGAUUGGCAACGGUCGUCAUAGCAAGUGCCGCAUACUUCAUUUUACCCAACUACCCCACUACCACCAAAUGGCUCUCCGAUUCCGAGCGAGAACUGGCAGUAGCUAGACUCGGAACUGGACGAGAUGAAGAUGGAGAGCACAUGUCGCACUGGCAGGCUUUUAAAGUAGCCCUCAAGGAUCCAAAGACUUGGGUUUUCAUGCUCAUCUACAACGUAUUAAACAGUGUUGGAACUAUCUCCUACUUCUUCCCUACGCUGAUGACCUCUCUGGGAUACACCGGUCGAAAGGCACAAUUCAUGACUACUCCUAUAUAUUGCGUCGCCCUUGUCAUUUCAGUUAUUAACGGAUGGAACGCGGACAGGACCGGUCAAAAGGCAUACACUGUAAUGGGCGCUUGUAUCUGCGGUAUCAUCAGCUUCAUCAUCUGUGUCACGGUCCAUAACAAUGCUGUCAGAUACACCUUCAUCUGUUUUGGAGGCGCGGCCAUCUGGACCUCGGUUCCCAUCUUUCUCAGUUGGAUGGUGACCAUGUUCGAUGGAAGGGAGCCCCGUGCCAUCUCGAUCGCGCUUAUUAAUGGUGUUGGCAACCUCAGUAGCGUUUACGGCUCUUUCUUCUGGCCUUCGUCUGACGCACCUCAAUAUGUGACUGGUUUUUCAAUCACCACCGCUCUUAUUGGAUUUGCGGCAAUUUUGGUGGCACUCGCUAAAUGGAGGUACCAAGAUAAAGGUUUUGCGGGCAUUCCUCAACGGGGUACUAGGUGGUAG